AUGGCGCAUGGUGAGUAAACUGCAAGGCUUAUGAUUACCGUAUUUUACCUCCACGUUUUCAGCCGAAUAUGAAGAUUUGUUUCGUGGCCUUGUGACUCGUAUGAUCCGCCGCAUCGAAGUCGACAAACAUAUUGAUGGCUUUACGAAUGAAGAACUCAUCUACGUCCUGAACCGCAGUUACAAACACUUGCGGAAACUGCCGGCUAUGGUGGAAAUGAACGCGCCUUUGGUCAUUUUUGGUGAGGUUUUUAAAAAUUUUGAAAUUAAAAAAAAAUUUAAAAAAAAUUAAAAAAAAAUUUUUAAAUUGUCAAAAAUUUUAAAAAAUUGAAAAAAAUUAUUUAAAAUUUGUAAAAUAUUUUAAAAAAUUUCUAAAAAUUUUAAAAAAAAUUCAAAUAGCUUUUUCUGCAAAAAACUUGAAAAUUUAAGGGAAACCCCAAUUUUGAAUGAAAAUUCAUAUUUAUUAUUUUUUAAAAAAUUUUUCGUAAGUAAAAAAAGUUCUGAACGCCGUAUUUUACACAAAACUGAAGUUUUAAAGCAAAUUUCAUCCAAAAAGGCUGAUAGGUCCCGGCCGGGUUCGAACCGGCGGCCUUCUGCGUGUAAAGCAGACGUGAUAACCACUACACCACGAGACCACAGAUGAAAAGCUCUCUUUAUUCCCUUUUUGUCUCUUUGGCAGCGCAAACGGCUCUAAUCCUGCAGUUUGUGGCCUUUUUUGAGUUGGUUUUAAUUUAUAAUGGCACUGCUGUUAGUGAAAAAGUUGAUUUUAGGCAUGACAAUUUAUUUCUCUGAAAUUUUUUUACUAUAUUAUAACAAAAAAAGUCUUUAUUUUUAAUUUUUUUGGGCUGUUUUAUAGCCCUAAAACCGUACUUUUAAGCUCUACCGUAGCUGAAAUCAAAUCAAAAUCACUUUUUCAAACGAAGAAAAGGUCAGAUCGCUUGUGACUGAUAAAAAAUCAAAAGAAGAGAGACCUUUUUGUUAGAAAACAGAAAACCGAGAGGCACGGGUCUCGUGGUGUAGUGGUUAUCACGUCUGCUUUACACGCAGAAGGCCGCCGGUUCGAUCCCGGCCGGGACCUGAUAUCUUUUUUGAUCUUGAUAUGUUUGAAACCUAAUAACUUUUUUUGGUUGAUCUGAUCUGAUCAGAUUUGAUAAUAAUAUAUGGGUUAGAAGAUUUUUUUGGUAAAAUACUGGUAUCAGUUUUUGCGUUUUUUUAAAAAAUUGGCUGGGGUAAAUUUAGAAAAUUUAAUUGCUAUAUUAUAUUAUAUAUUAUAUUAGGAAAGGUUAGGGUAUUAACAGCAAUUACGUUACAGCUAAAACUACGCUAAGACUUGGGGAAAUCAACCUUAGGCUGGAACGGGGUAUUGUAGGUCAAGCAUGAGGUAAGGCCAGCAGAGUAAGGUAGGAUAGCUUAUGGUAGCGUGAGGUAGAAUAGUGUAGGAUAGUGUAGAACAACGUAAGGUAGGUUAAGGGUACAGAAGGGUACGAGAGAGCCUUAAAAGUUGAAGGAUGAGGUAAGGUAGGGUAGUUUAUUAUAGAAUAGGGUAGGGUAGAGUAGGGUAGGGCGGGGUCUAAGGUACGGUAGGGCCUAGGGUACGGUAGGGCCUAGGAUAGGGUAGGGCAUAGGGUACGGUAGGGUCUAGAAUUGUAGGGCCUAGGGUACGGUAGGGCCUAGGGUACGGUAGGGCCUAGGGUACGGUAGGGCCUAGGGUACGGUAGGGCCUAGGGUACGGUAGGGCCUAGGGUACGGUAGGGCCUAGGGUACGGUAGGGCCUAGGGUACGGUAGGGCCUAGGGUACGGUAGGGCCUAGGGUACGGUAGGGCCUAGGGUACGGUAGGGCCUAGGGUACGGUAGGGCCUAGGGUACGGUAGGGCCUAGAGUACGGUAGAGCCUAGGGUACGGUAGGGCCUAGAGUACGGUAAGGCUUAAGGUACGGUAGGGCUUAGGGUACUGUAGGGCAGGGUAGUUUUAAACUAAAAUUUUUUUUUGUUUGUUGAAAUUUCUAUAUUCCAGGAGACAUUCACGGCCAACUGUCAGACCUUCAACGUUUCCUGGACAUUGUCGGUCGCCCUCCGCAGACUCGUCUCCUAUGUUUGGGUGAUUAUGUUGAUCGUUGUCGCAACUCGCUGGAAGUUACCGUACUCUUGUUUUGUUAUCAGCUCAAGUACCCGAACCAGGUCACGUUGCUGCGAGGGAACCACGAAUGUGCCAAAAUGAAUCGAAACUACGGGUUUUACGAGGAAUGUCGGCGAAAGAGGAACAUUUUCAUUUGGAAAAAGUUUCAACGAUGCUUUAAUGAACUGCCGUUGAGUGCGUUGGUGAACAAGAAGAUACUGACCAUGCAUGGAGGCAUCUCACCGGACAUCAAGAGCUGGGACUCGUUGAGGAAGUUACAGGUAUAUAUUUGAAGAUUUUUAUAGCAAAGUCGUAUUUUACAAAACAAAAAGUUGAAAUUUUGGUUUUGUAAAGAAAGUUCUUGCUAUUUUAUGUAUUGGAAAGAAAGUUCUUGCCAUCUUAUGUUUUGUAAAGAAAGUUCUUUCUGUUUUAUGUUUUGUAAAGAAUGUUCUUGCUAUUUUAUGUAUUGGAAAGAAAGUUCUUGCCAUCUUAUGUUUUGUAAAGAAAGUUCUUGCCAUUUUAUUUUUUGUAAAUAAAGUUCUUGCCAUUUUAUGUUUGGUAAAGAAAGUUCUUGCAAUUUUUUGUUUUGUAAAGAAGUUUCUGCUAUUUGUUGUUUUGUAAUGAAAGUUUUUGUCAUUUUGUUAUUUACUUUAAUCUUAAGCCUAACACAUGAUCAAUAUUCCAGAAACCUCGCAACAACAAUGAAUGUGACACAGGCAUACCGCUGGACCUAAUGUGGGCCGACCCAACCCAAGACACAUGUUCCAUGGGCUGGCAGUACAACAAGAUUCGGAAUGCGUCGUGGAUGUUUGGCAACGAUGUCAUCACGGAAUUCUGUGAAAUGCUAAACAUUGACCUCGUGGUGAGAGCUCACGAGGUAACAGCCGAAGGUCAUCAAUUUGCUGGCGAAAAGAAUCAGGUAUGUACAGUAUUCUCGGCUCCAAAUUACUGUGGAUUGGAUGGUAAUUGUGCGUCGGUAAUGCUGGUCACGGAGAAGUUGGAGAUAUCGUUUGUGACCCUGAAGCCGACACUGGAUACGAAUGCAUUGAGUCUAGAGAAGAAGAUGGAGUUGGCAAAGUGAGUUGCUAAAAAAGGGUAAAGGAUGGGGAAAGGCAAAAUAACGUAAGGUAGGUUACUGUAGGUUAAGGUAGGGCAAGGUAGAGUAUUGCAAAAUUAUGUAAGAAAGAGUAGGGCAAGGUUGGAUAUAAUAAAGUAAAGUAAAGUAGGGUAGAGUAGGGAAGGAUCAGGAAAAAUUGAAGGCGGAUUUAUAGUUAAAAUGGCAAAAACUUUCUUUACAGACAAAAAAUUACAAAAACUUUCUUUACAAAACAUAAAAUGGCAAGAACUUUCUUUACAAAACAUUAAAUGGCAGAAACUUUCUUUACAAAACAUUAAAUGGCAAGAAGUUUCUUUUCAAUCAAGUUUUUUCUUCAAUUUUUUAAAAUACGUCGACUGUACUGUUAGUAAAAAUAAAAAAAUAAAAAUUUUUUAGGCAAAGCGCAAGUGACGUAAAGUCUCCAAACCCUCAACCUCACCUGCCGAAGCCAGUGUCACCGCCUCAAAAUGCGACAGCCAAAGACGGUGCCCAGAGCACCGAUUCUAGUCACUCUGGCAUCGCUCUCACUCCACCCACUCCAGCCAGAAGUCCACCGAAAGAACGAAACAUGAUGGACUUUAAGACGCCGAAUCUCCCUGUGAAUCCACCUGAUGGCAUCGUCACUCAUGGGCGUGGGUUUUAAUUUUUGAAAUUUAAGUUUAGCCCAGAGCCCUAGCCUAGAGCCCUAGCCUAAAUCCCUAGCCCAGAGCCCUAGCCCAGAGCCCUAGCCCAGAGCCCUAGCCCAGAGCCCUAGCCCAGAGCCUUAGCCCAGAGCCCUAGCCCAGAGCCCUAGCCCUAGCCCAGAGCCCUAGCCCAGAGCCCUUCCUAGCCCGGAGUCCUAGUCUAAGGCCCUACUUAGCCCAGAGCCUUAGCCCAGAGCCAUAGCCAAGAGCCCUAGCCAAAAGCCCUAGCCCUGGUCCUAACCCUUUAGCUUAUGCUCUAGCCCUGGUCCUAGUUUUAAUCUUACUUUUAGCCUUGCUCUUACCUUUUUGUUACCCCACCCUUACCCUUAAUGUAAGCCUUGGUCUUACCUUUACUGUGCCCUCACCUCAAGUCUUUCCUUUACUACUGACUUUAACUCUACCUUUAUUUCUUUCUUACUCCUACCCAGACUUACAUUAAGAUUUUCAGGUGUAACCACGCCGAACACACCAAACUCGCCAAACAAUAAGUCCGGUAACAGUUCUACUCAAACCUCGCCAGCUAGCGGCCCGGCCAGCAAGUAG